AUGGAGACAUGGUCCCGGCGCGGCGCUGCCUUCGACUGCGUGCCGCAGCCGGCAGCCUGCUGCCCUGACUGGAUGGCGGAGCUCCCCGAUGCCCUUCCCCUCUCCCGCCUCUCCAUCCCCGGCACCCACGACUCCCUCAGCCUGUUCGGCGGCCGGCGCCUGCGGUGCCAGAGCUGGGGCCUGGAGGCGCAGCUGGCGGCCGGCAUUCGCUUCCUGGACGUGCGCUGUAAGCUGUGGCGGGGCGAGCUCCGCAUCUACCACCUGUGCACCUUCCAGCGGGCAAACCUGCGCGGCGUCCUGCGCCGCACCCUGCACUUCCUCCGCGCCCACCCCGGCGAGGCCGUGCUGAUGCGCAUCAAGGAGGAGCUGCCCAUCUUCUCCCGGCCCGGCUUCGCUGCCCAGCUGCACCGCUGCCUGCUGGAAGAGGGCCAGGGUUGCGUGUGGUGCCGGGAGGAGGUGCCCACGCUGGGCCAGGUGCGCGGGAAGAUCGUGGUGCUGGAGGCGCUGGCGCGGGAGGUGCUGGGCAUCCCCUACGAGGAGCUGAGCAUCAGCGACGCCUGGAACGUGCUGUCGCUGGAGCGCAAGUGGACCCGGGUGCGGCGGCAUCUGGAGAAGGCGGCCGGCGGAGACCCCAGCACCAUGUUCCUCACCUUCUGCUCCGGCAAUGGGCUCUUCACGUGCCCCGAGCAGGUGGCCCGCUUUGUGAACCCCCGCUGCCAACAGCACCUGCGGCGCCGGGCCGGGCAGCCCGUGCGCUGGGGGGUGAUCAUCAUGGACUUCCCUGGCGCCGGCCUCCUCCGCCUCAUCGUGGCGAGCAAUGGACACGGCACAGCGGCCCCCGGCACCGCCAGGGUCCAGUCCCGACAGCUCCGAGGCAGAGGGGACAGACCGCGGCGCGGCCAGCACAGCUCUGCGCGCUGGCCCUCGGCAAGGACAUUGCUCCCGGCCCCGCGCCUCCGCCGAGCGACCUCAGUACCUGGCGGGCAAAAGCGGCUUCCUAGGGCUUGCAGAGCAUCGGGGAGCCUUGGUGUGACAGCGGUGUGA